AUGGCAUCUUGGAAACAAUCUGGUCAAUACACAUCACGUUGUACUUGUUGGUAUCCAUUGUUACCAUCGUUUUCUGCUAGAAUAAUUUUUGCUCUAAGAAAUCUAAUUGGCAUUGCUUGUUGUGCUUUACUAGCCCUUGUUCCUGUAACUUCAAAGUCAAUUCAAGGUCAAAUUCUUUUAGGUCUCGGCUUUAUUAUUGCCUUAAAAAGUACACUUGGCGCAACCAUUCAAGCAAGUAGUCGACUUUUUUUUGCUGGUGCUAUUGCUGCAACUUAUUGUGUACUUAUUAUUAAUUAUCUACCAAGAGAUGUUUAUUUUGCUGUUGGUGCUACUAAUGUCUUUGUUUUUCUCAUGGUUUACACAGAUUUACCACAAAUUGUUCGUCGUUUUUCGAUUCUACCAACGUGCAUUAUACUUUUGCAAUGGUUUGAUAAAGAUAAAUCUCAAAUAAAUACAUCCUAUGUACUGCAAAGCUGGGCAUCACUAUCAAUAGGUGGUGCAAUCGCUCUCCUUUCAUCAUGCAUUCCUUUACCUGCCAUUCCAACUGCGCAUCGUGAGUUAACAAUUCGCAUGAGAUUUAUUGCUCGUCAAAUACGACGUGAAAUUACAGCAAUUGUUCUACUUAUAUCAGAAUAUCAUAAUGUGCAUUUAACUUAUGAUUAUCAUGAUAAACUAAAUGAAAAAACAUCUGAAAGCAAUACAAUUGAUGAAGACAAAAUUGAGUUACCAAAAAAUUCUUAUCACGAAGAUGAUCCUUAUAAUCGUUCAGCAUCAUUUGAAAAUCUUAAAGAUGAUCAUUUACUUGAAAGUGACAUACAAGAUUUAUAUUCACUUGUUCAAGACGAAUUAAAACAGAUGGAACGUGCUUUAACAGAAAUUCCAUUUGAACCAUAUUUUAUAUCAUUGAAAUUAUUAAAUUUAGUACGGAAGCUCCUUCGUUGUAUUCCAUUUUUGAAAAAGUUUAUCAAGAAACCAUCAACGCUUCAAUCACGUUUAGAAGUUUGGGCAACUGGUUUUGUUUCAUUGCAAAGAAUAAUAAGUGGCAUGCUAUCAUUGAAUCGUCAUCAUCAUGCGUUUGUUGGCCAACGGAAAUUAAUUAACGCAAUAUGUAUUCUUAUUGAUACAACAUUUAAUUUUUUGGAAGCUACAUUGCCAUAUACAAUACAUUAUACUAGUCAUACGAAUACUGAAAAAAUUAUAUCAUGCAGAUUAAAAGUUGAAGCAGCACUAGAAGAUUUUUUUGAAACCUAUGCUCAAGUACGUGAAGAUCCAAAGAAUUUAAAUAUGUCCAAUACAGAUUCAAUCAGUUUAAAUACAUUUCUUCUACUUGUAUUACGUCUCGUUCAUGUAACUAUAACAGCUGCUGAAACUAGCGAAACACCAGGUACUUGUCUGGACAUUGGUUUUGAACAAACGAUGGAAUCUUCUUCUAUGAAAACAGAAACUUUUAAGUGGAACGAUAUAUUAUUUGGUGUAGUUAAUUAUAUUGGUUUACGACCGUCGGUUGGUAAAUUUCUACGUGCUACUAAAACAAGUUUGAGUGUACUUGUGUCGGCUAUUGUUGCAUUGACAUUUCGUGAACGUCUGCAAGCACAAAGUUGGGUAUAUUGGGCACCAAUGACAACAGCCCUUGUUUCAGAUUCUUCAGAAGGCGGUACUAUUCGUUUAUCAUUUCAACGUCUAGUAGCUGUUUUACUUGGCUCAACAUAUGCUUAUAUUAUUGUUCUUGUUUCCCGUAGUCGACUUGCUAUUGGAAUUUGUAUAUCAUUAUUUGUUGCUUUUAUGGGUUAUAUUAAAACUGAUGCACAAAAGGAAUAUUUUGCUGUUGUAUGUGGGCAAUCAGCUUCGAUAAUAACAUUUCUUUCCAAUCAAGAAGGAUUCGAAGGGCCUAACAAAGCAGUUUUGGCACGAACAAGUUUAACUUUUUUAGGCAUAUUUAUACAUGUUUUCAUUUCCAAUCUACUUGUACCUAUUUCAGCUCGAAAAUUAGCUAAAAAACGAGUAGUAACGAUGAUUAACAACGUAUCUGCUGCAUUGAAAUCAGCUUGCGAUGAUUUUUGUUUCUUUAUUGGACCAUCACGACCACAACUAUUAUCAACAACAAGUGCACUUUUAAUAGGUCAACAAACAACAUCAUCAGAUAAAACGCCAUUCAAUUUAAUGAACACACUAGCAGCAACAGAAACGAUUGUAGGUGCUUUUCCAGCUUUACUCGAAGAAGCUCUUAGUGAACCAAAUUUUUGGAAAAGUCCAUUUAUAGAAGUUAAAGAUCGUUAUGAUGAUAUUUCGAAAACAUUACAUCGUAUUGUUCGUAAUAUUCGUUUUGUUCAUCGAUGUACAACAAUACUUAAAGCAGAAACAAAAUUACAUUUUGCAUUAGAAGCUAGAUGGCAGCUUCGUCGAGCCAGUGUUAUUUCUUCUUUCAAUACUAAUGAUGCCACACGAUAUUAUACAUGGACCAGGGAUGAAUUACGUAAACAGAAACAAGUACAAAAUGAUCUUGAUAUUCCACUAUCAAUAUUCAUGACAAAUGAUCCACAUUCACGAAUAUUAUUUCAAAAGCAAUCCUUACGACCAAAUAGUUCAUCAACGUCACUUCGACUUGCAAAUAACAAAUCAUAUGAACUAGUUCUUCAACAUAUUUCUACACUUGAAACAAAUAUUCAACAGGUUAUAUUAUUAGCAAAACAAUUAAUUGAAAAUCAAGCAACUGUAGAUGUUGGUUCAUUUGAAUUGCAUCGAUUGUGUCACGAAGAUUUAUCGCAUGAAGAACAAAAAGAAAACUCUCCAAUAAAUCCUUCAAAUUGUCAUGUACCACUUAACUCUGAUACACAACAUGAAUUUCAUGCACUCUCGAAAAGUAGUUAUAAUUUAUUUCCUUGUUGUAAAAUAAAUCAACAGAAAGUGAAUCCGCCAUUGCCAUCAUUGCGUAUUGCUGUUGAUAUGAUGCUAGUAUCAUUAAUAGAAUUUCUUUAUGCUAAUAAUCAUUUUAUUCGUACAGAACUAGUAUCAAUACAAUCAAUUGGUGACAUUUUAGCAUUUCAUACAUUAUCGUAUUCUUUACAAGACAUGGUUGAAGCGACAACUGAUUUAGCCAAAAAUGCUCGAAGAAUAAAACGUAUUGAUAUUCGAACAUUGGUACAAGCAGGCGAUGACAAAGACAUUUCCUAUUGA